GCGUGUGCUGGGAGGCGGGAGAGCUGAGUGUUUGUGUAUCCUGGUCUGGCUGCUGGUGACUGGUGGCCCCGCCCCCAGGGUUAGCAUAUAAGCCUUGAGCUCUUCCUCCUUUCUUGCCUCUGCAGUUCAGAACUGCAGACAGCUGUGAUGGGCCCCCGCCCAGGAGCCCCCCGUCUCUGCUGGGCCUCAUGGCUCCUCGGGGCCAUCGCUUUCCUCAGUGUGUGGAGUUGUUCGGCCCAGGGCUCUGGAGGGCACCGUGCUGGGAAUGAAGACUCUGCAGUCCCUGUUCUUAUGAAGGGGAUCCGAGGAGGUUCUGUCUGUUUCCAUGUGUCCCAGUGGCCAGGACAAGAUGUAUCAGCCACGGUGGAGGAGAUCACCUGGCACUUUUCCUCUGGAUCAGGGCUCAGUAUGAUGCUGAGAGUCCACGGUGGGACAGAUGCUCCAACAUGGUUCAGUCUACAGGACAAGUACAAAGGAAGGGUCCAAAUGCCCAACAUGGCCUCCCUGGAGAUUAGGAACCUGACCCCACAGGACAGCGGGCGGUACACGGCAUAUGUUCUGUCAACUAACAAAAAAGUUGUUUACCAGGUUUUCCACCUCAAGGUCUACGAGCCAGUGUCCCCUCCGCAGAUCGUGGCCGAGGCCCUGUCCGUCACAGCAGGCUGGUGCAAUGUCACCCUGGAGUGCAGGCCCACAGGGCCCACAGAGGACCUGAAUGUGACCUGGGAGAGCAAGGGCCUCCCCAGGGAGCUGGAGCAGACGUGGACACCAGGACCGGCCCCCAACGCCUGGACCCAGGCCGUGAGCCUGCCCCUGAGCCAGGCCAGUGGGAGCCUCACCUGUGUGGUCAGCAGCCCCGUGGACCAGAACAGAGCCACCUCAGACCUGCGCGACAUCUGUCCACCAGGUGCGUCUGGACGGUCCACAGCUGGCCUCACGGGAGGCUUACUAGGGGGCUUCGUGGCUGUGCUUCUGCUCCUUGGAGCCGGACUGUGUCUGUGGAAGAUCCAGGAGAAGAGGAAGAAGAUGGUGGUGGGAAAAGGAUUGCCACGGGACCAAGCAAUCUUCAGUCAUGAGGUCUUACAUGGAGAUAAUAGUAUGGAAGCCUCAUGAAGGAAAUAUCAAGUGACAAAACUGCAAAUCCUACUACGUCUUCGGUCAGUACACGAGGCACGUGGCUGAUGCAGUGUGACCGGCAUCCCUCAGCUGGACCUUGGCAGUGGCCUUGCAGGCUCCUUGCUUCUCUGUUUAACUUCUUAAACUCCAUCCACAGUGCCCCUUUCACAAGGUGACUUGUGACUUGCACCAUGUCACUCCCUUCAGUGGACAAUUCUGGCAAAACAUCAGUCAUUAAGACUGAUUCACAUGUGUGCAUAAAUGUCCAAGGUGGACACAGAAAAUAUUGUAAAGUUUAUGUUUUUUCUCCUUCAAGAUCUUAAAGACCAAAUCCUAUUGUCAGUAGAUUUCUUCGAAAUCCUAAAGCAAAGAACAUGUUGGUGAACACAAAUAUAUUUAAAAACUUGGCAGAAAAUAGAAAGAGUUCAUUUAUGAUUUGGAAAACUGAACAAAACAACCUUGAACAUAUAAAAAAUUUAAAAAUUCAGAUCCCCAAAUGUAAAGGCUCAAGCCAUAAAUGGGCAUCUGAGGUAAACACACACUUCUCUGAUGAAGAGGUAUAAACAGCAAAUAAAUACAUGAAAAAUAUUCAUCAUCACUGGUCAUUUGAGAGAGGCAA